CCACCCAUCCUUCCCCCUCCAUUUUUCCCAGAGCUCUCUCAGUUCAUUUGAAAAGCAAAUGUUAUGUAAUUGUAUUUAAGAGUUGCAUGCCUACCUAAAAGCUAAAAUGCACAACGGAAAACAAUUAAAGUGGGAAUAGCUGUUGAUGGUAUAACAAUGUCCUAACUAGCAUUAGGAUUUUUGGAAGCCCUUUUUGUCAUUAAUUUUAAAAGACCUUUAAAAUCCCUGUGUGCCUUUUGCUAUUGCUUUUUUUUACAAGUACAGAAAGCACAUAUAUUGCUUGAAUCCUUAUGUUUAAGUCCUGUUGGUGUCUCUGUCCUUCUGCAGGUUUGAGUGCUGCAAAGCUGUUGAAAGCCAGUGGGCUCGAUCCUGUAGUGUUGGAAGCCAGAGACCGGGUUGGUGGUCGUACCUUCACUGUGCAGAAUAAGGAGGCAAAGUGGGUUGAUCUAGGCGGUGCCUACAUUGGACCGACACAGAACCGCAUCCUCCGUCUGGCCAAAGAGUACGGCAUAAAGACCUACAAAGUCAACGAGCAGGAGAACUUGGUGCAUUAUGUUAAUGUUGAGGAGGAUCUGUGAGAUCUACUCCAAAGUGCUGGGCACAGAUGAGGCUUUGCAUCCGGUGCACUAUGAGGAGAAGAACUGGUGUGAAGAGGAGUACUCUGGAGGCUGCUACACAGCCUAUUUCCCCCCAGGAAUCCUUACUCAGUUUGGCAGAGUGCUGAGAGAGCCGGUGGGCAAGUUGUACUUUGCAGGCACAGAGACGGCCACCGAAUGGAGUGGCUACAUGGAGGGGGCCGUACAAGCUGGAGAGAGAGCAGCCAGAGAGGUCAUGUGUGCGAUGGGUAAACUCCAGCCUAAUCAGAUCUGGCAACCUGAGCCUGAGAAUGAUGAAAUCCGGGCACUCCCGUUUGUUACCACCUUCUGGGAGAGAAACCUGCCUUCGGUUGAUGGUUUCCUCAAAUUCUUAGGAGUCUCCACAUUCCUGUCUGCUGCCGCCGCAGCUGGCUUGGUGGCCUACAAGAAGGGCAUCAUCCCCCGGAGUUAAACCACCCUGUCGUCUCACUCCUCCACAUCUCAAGGGAACACGUCUCAAUAGACACUUGUGUACUUCUAGUGCUUUAUUGGCCCAAACUACAGAGUAGUGACCUACAUAGGGUAUACAUUGUUUUUUGAGAAACACCGUGAUGUGAGAAGGACUGCUCAGCUCAUGCAAAAACACUAACACACUGUUACUCUGUCCACAAACGAAAGAGAGAAUGAAGCAGGUGAGAAGGGCUGACUGAAAGGUGUUUGAGAGGAGGGACGAAAGCCUAACUUCAGUUUAAAACAUGCAGACUCAGAUUGUGAAACCAAUGAAGGAAAAAAGAUCAGAAUCAGUUCGUAAGAGGAAACCUUCUCUGUCACUAUUACUAUCCCAUACAACGCCAAUGAAAUCCACUGUGUCGAUUAUAUGUGAGUUUAUAAAAGUCGCCAUGCUUACUGUGUGUAUGAGCCUCGUCUGUGUCGCAUGCUUCGGUGAGCAUGCAUUCGUGAGCGUGUGGUCAUCACCUCACCGCCCGUGUGCAUGAGUUUCCACUGUGUGUCUAAUUACCGCUGCUGAUUUUAGGUGCCGAUUUAUUCUGGCCAAGCAGCCGUAGCUGUUUGAUGAAAUCCAGUGACUUCAGAAGAGAGAAGAGUCAGUAUAGUAACACUGUCCACAUAGAAAAUCAGAGAGGAGGUUCAAGGACAAGUGGGGGGAGGGGCUUUUUCUGUCAGCAAAUCCCAUGAAAACACAAAUGAAUAGUGAAUUUUAGCAUUGUCUUUGUAGCUAAAGCCAGAUGUGAGUCGCAACCCUAAAGUGAGUUGGUACCACGUGAAAUGGGUUUUGUUGUUUCUCUUAAAUUUAAAUUUUAUUUACAUCCCAAAGCCCAAAUUAUGUGCCCUAAUAUGAAUCCUAAUAUGAAUCCUAAUAAUGUCAUAUUAGGGCACUAAAUGUGUAUUAUUCCCAAUGAGUGAUCUGUGCAGUUGAAGGCUGGCUCCAAAAGCUGGUUAGUCCUCACAGACUCCUAUGUUAAGAUGUCUAGGUUUCCACCUGAAAAGGCAUUUUUAAAGCCUGGGGAAGUCUUUGUAGCUAAUUGUCUCCUUCAUGGUAACUCCUUUAAUAUAAAUCCUCUGUUUAAACUAUAGUAAGUCUUAGGUAUCAGCAAACACAGGCUACCAAAUAUGGCCACCAAAAAUUAAGACGGUGCCAGUCUAAGUACUGAACCCAUAAAUUUAAU